AUGCGUCUCCACACAUCAAUCGUGGGGAUACUAGUGUUCUACUUUGCCUUCGUUUUCACAUCUCCCCGACUAGAAAAAGUCACUACUCGUUAUCUCAGCUAUCCAGAGCAGAACCCCCAACCCCCAGAACCAACCCCUUCACCAUCAAGCUUCCUUCCCCUCGACCUAAGGUCUAUCAGUGACUGCCGGUUGACAGAUCUAUUGUUGGUCAGUGAUAUAGACGGCAAUUUGCAUGGAGUGGAACGUAAUAGCGGGGCUCUAUUAUGGACACUCCCCAUCGAUGAACCAUUGGUGAGAAUAUCUUCCAAUAACUCUUUCGAGAAUAACCAAUCUAACAUCCUUUGGUUCGUGGAGCCGUAUCAAGAUGGCUCCUUGUUCUACUUCACACCCAAGUUCGGAAUGAACAAAUUGCCAACCAGUAUCAAAGAUUUGGUGUUGGAAUCUCCCUUUUCUCUCAGUGGUGACGACAAAAUUUACACUGGUACCAGAAAGACGUCUCUUUACUCGAUCAACAUUCACACGGGAGAGAUUAGGAGCUCAUUUGGAAACCAAGAAAAAUGCCCUGUGCCAAAUACACACUAUAAAUUACAACCGCACAUGGAAGACAACCAGGACACUAUAAUGAUAGGCAAAACAACUUAUGAAUUAUCCAUCUAUUCCAAAUUGAACACAAACAUAGUGUGGAAUGUUACAUACUCCCAAUGGGGCCCAAACAACAUAGAUAAUGACCUUAUUAUGCAAAACCAACAAAGUCUAGAUAAAUUAUAUUUCACCCCCUUCCACGACAAAUCAUUAUUGGCCAUUAACAAAGAUUUGGGUACCACUAUCUGGAUAAGCAAAUUACCUUCUUUGGCAGUGAAUGUAUUUGAUGUAUUUCAUAAUUUGAAGAACACAGAAUACGUUUUACUUCCUCAUCCUUUGAAGGUCCUUAAUGAUUUACAAUUCAAGAUUGACGAACAAACACAUACUUCAAAUAAUGACCUAGUAUUCGUGAACAAGACAAGUAAUUGCAGAGAAUGGUUUGCCAUGAGUUUCAACAACUAUCCAACUCUCAUCAAAAAUGCUCCUAUUUCCAAAUAUCAAUUAGAUUUGUACAAGCUUCAAAACGAGAUUCCUGUGGAUAUUGAAUAUUUGAAAAAUUUCCGUUUAUUGACUGAUUCACAAUCUCUGGUAGAAGCUUUAGUCAGUGGAAUUCAUAAAACGUACGAAUUGACAAGUGAAACUAUGUACCAACCAAUUGCCAAAUUUGAAAAACCUACUACAAUAAAUUUAAUUGGCGAUGGAUCUUCGUCAGAUCGUAAAACAAUGGGAUCAGAAUUAAUGCUUCUCGAUCCGAAGCGUGACAAAAUGCAACUGCCAAUGAUCACCACAAGACCAAUUAUCGAAGAAGUGCAAGCCGCUGAAAAUUCUAGCACAAUUCAUAAGAUGAUAGGCUAUUUUACAUUCACAAUUGCGAGGCGGAUCAUUGAAGAUGUUUUGAUCUUGGGUAUCAUUUUAUACGUAAUAUUCAGGUACUUGAUUUCCGAUUUCAAAUUACAUAUUCGUUCUGAUGGUAAAUCAAAGGAAGACGAAGAGCAUAUUCUGGAAAAGGAAGAAGAAUUGAAACGUAUUGAAGUUAAGAAGCCUAGAAUCUUCACGGACAAUCUAGAAAACAGUACUUUGAAAAAUGUGCCAACCAAAUCGAAGAAGGUAACAAUCCUUACACCAAAUGAAUCUUUGGAGAUAAACCACUCAGAGGAUGAAACUGCUGAUAAAGCAGUAACAGACACUGAAGAAAAUACGAAAGACUUGAACGAAUCUGAAGAAGUCACGAAGAAAAAGCGUAAAAGAGGAAGUCGGGGUGGUAAACGUGGUGGAAGGAGAGUAAACAAGAACAAACAAGACUCAAAUGAAGAAGAGGAAGAGGACGAGGAGAGCGAAGUAAUCAAUACCAAAAGUUUAGUGAAGCCUUUGCCUAUUACACAAGUCAAAGUUCCUAUCAAGAAACUCCAAAUUGAAAACAAUUUGGUAAUCUCUGACAAGAUUUUGGGUUAUGGAUCUCAUGGCACCAUCGUUUACCAAGGAACAUUUGAGAAUAGGCCAGUUGCAGUGAAAAGAAUGUUGUUAGACUUUUUUGAUAUUGCUAAUCAUGAAGUGAGGUUAUUACAAGAAAGUGAUGAUCAUCCAAAUGUCAUUAGGUAUUUCUGUUCACAGUCUUCGGAGUCAGAAAAGUUUCUUUACAUUGCAUUGGAAUUAUGUUUGUGUUCUCUUGAGGACAUUGUUGAAAAACCUAAGAAGUCAUUGAAACUCAGUGAAAAUCAUUUGAAUGAAGUUCUUCAUCAAUUAGUUAGUGGUUUACAUUACUUACAUUCGUUGAAGAUUGUUCAUCGUGAUGUGAAACCCCAGAACAUAUUGGUGGCAGCUGCAAAGAAUAAUAAGAUUGUCACGAAAGAGCCAGUCGAGAAAAGUAUACGUUUGCUUAUAUCUGAUUUUGGCUUGUGUAAAAAAUUAGAUUCAGAUCAAUCAUCAUUUAGGGCAACUACACAAAACGCCGCCCUGGGAACUUCUGGAUGGAGAGCCCCAGAAUUGUUAUUGAAUUACGAUUUACUCGAGAUCUCACCAGAUACGAUUUCUUCUAUUUCUUCUCGCCAUUCCGCAAAUGACUCAACUUUACCUGCUAACUCAGGGGGCAAGAGGUUGACCAAAGCAAUCGAUAUUUUCUCAUUAGGAUGUGUCUUUUAUUAUAUCUUAACUGGAGGACUCCAUCCUUUUGGUGAUAGAUAUUUGAGGGAGGGGAACAUCAUCAAAGGUGAAUACGACUUAUCAUUAUUGAAUUCAUUUUGUCCAAACGAUAAGUUUGAAUCCACGCAUCUCAUCUCGUCCAUGAUUCACGCGAACCCUUCAAUGAGACCUAGCACUUCCAUGAUACUUAAUCAUCCAUUAUUUUGGAACCCAAAGAAAAGGUUGGAGUUUUUGCUCAAGGUCAGUGACAGAUUUGAAAUUGAGAGGAGGGAUCCUCCGAGCGACUUAUUGUUAAAAUUAGAGACACACGCUAAAGCUGUUCAUCGAGGUAACUGGCACAAUAAGUUUGACGAGGAAUUCAUUGAUAACUUGGGCAAGUAUAGAAAAUACCACCCUGAAAAAUUAAUGGAUUUGUUGAGAGCAAUUAGAAACAAGUAUCAUCAUUACAACGACAUGCCUCAGCAAUUACAAGAGCAAAUGAGCCCGUUGCCUGAUGGAUUUUACAAAUAUUUUAAUAUCAGAUUUCCCAAUUUACUAAUGGAAAUUUAUUUCUUGGUUAAUGAAAGCUUAUCGACUGAGCAUGUUUUCAAAGACUUCUUGGUUGGUGCUUGA